AUGGAGCCUUCGGGCAGUGAACAGUUAUAUGAGGACCCUGAUCCUGGAGGUAAAUCCCAAGAUGCAGAGGCCAGAAAGCAAACAGAAUCAGAACAGAAGUUGUCUAAAAUGACACACAAUGCUUUGGAGAACAUUAAUGUGAUUGGCCAAGGCUUGAAACAUCUCUUCCAGCAUCAGCGCAGGAGGUCAUCAGUGUCUCCACACGAUGUGCAGCAAAUUCAGGCAGAUGCAGAACCUGAAGUGGAACUGGAGAGCCAGACUGCAUGUGCUGAGAUUGAUGGUGUCCCCACCCACCCCACAGCUCUGAAUCGAGUCCUGCAGCAGAUCCGAGUGCCGCCCAAGAUGAAGAGAGGGACAAGCUUACAUAGUAGGCGGGGCAAGCCAGAGGCCCCAAAGGGAAGUCCCCAGAUCAACAGGAAGUCUGGCCAGGAGAUGGCAGCUGUUAUGCAGGCAGGCCGGCCCAGGUCUUCAUCCACAACGGAUGCUCCGACCAGCUCAGCGCUGAUGGAAAUAGCUUGUGCUGCUGCUGCGUAUGUACCAGGAGAGGAGACGACCGCAGAGCGGAUUGAGCGGCUGGAAGUAAGCAACCUUGCCCAGACUUCUAGUGCAGUGGCCUCUAGCACCGAUGGCAGCAUCCACACAGACUCCGUGGAUGGAACACCAGACCCUCAGCGCACAAAGGCUGCUAUUGCUCAUUUGCAGCAGAAGAUCUUGAAGCUCACAGAACAGAUCAAGAUUGCCCAAACAGCCCGGGAUGACAAUGUUGCUGAGUAUUUGAAACUUGCCAACAGCGCAGACAAACAGCAGGCUGCCCGCAUCAAGCAGGUCUUUGAGAAGAAGAAUCAAAAAUCUGCCCAAACCAUCCUCCAGCUACAAAAGAAACUCGAGCAUUACAACAUCUCUAACUUGAAGGACUCUUUAGAGGAAGGGCAAGUCGAAGACGGGGGGAAGACUUUGGGAGUGAUUUCGAACUUUCAGUCGAGCCCAAAAUACGGUAGUGAGGAAGAUUGUUCUAGUGCCACUUCAGGCUCAGUGGGAGCCAACAGCACCACUGGGGGCAUCGCUGUAGGAGCAUCCAGCUCCAAAACAAACACCCUAGACAUGCAGAGCUCAGGAUUUGAUGCACUACUACAUGAGAUCCAGGAGAUCCGGGAAACCCAAGCAAGACUCGAGGAAUCCUUUGAGUCGCUCAAGGAACACUAUCAGAGGGACUAUUCCUUAAUCAUGCAGGCCUUACAGGAGGAGCGAUAUAGAUGUGAACGAUUAGAGGAACAACUAAAUGACCUAACAGAGCUCCACCAGAAUGAAAUCUUGAACUUGAAGCAGGAAUUGGCCAGCAUGGAGGAGAAAAUCGCUUAUCAGUCCUAUGAACGAGCCCGGGACAUCCAGGAGGCCCUGGAGGCAUGCCAGACUCGCAUCUCCAAGAUGGAGCUACAGCAGCAGCAGCAGCAGGUGGUCCAACUGGAAGGGCUGGAGAACGCCACUGCCCGGAACCUUCUGGGCAAACUCAUCAACAUCCUUCUUGCCGUGAUGGCAGUCCUUUUAGUCUUUGUCUCCACAGUGGCCAACUGUGUGGUUCCCCUCAUGAAGACUCGUAGCAGGACGUUCAGCACUUUAUUCCUUGUGGUUUUCAUUGCCUUUCUCUGGAAGCACUGGGAUGCCCUCUUUAGCUACGUGGAACGGUUCUUUUCAUCCCCCAGAUGA